CAGAAAAGAGCCGUCCAAGCCUGCUGAUAGGACUAGCUAGGGAGUCCUAAUCCGAGGAACACGUCUGGAUGAUCAAAAUUCAUGUUUGCACCAACUUCGCAAUAGAAUUUUUGAUUGAAUACGAAGCAUAACAAAUGGCUGACUUGAGGAGACAUACAAUUUUGAAUCAAUCUAACCAAUCGCCAUUGCAGUCAGUUCCAUUUUCACCAGCUAUGACACCAAGGUCAACAUGGUCGCCAGCAGCAACUGUACCAGAUUGGUCAUCUAGUGAUAAACAUCAGUGUUCGUUUGACCAGAAUGUACCUAAAACACCAAGAUUUACAGCUAGGACAUCUGGUGGUUCUCAGCAACAAAUGACUCCACUGCUAGCUUCGACUCCACCUGACCAGUUGGUUCCCAGUACUCCCGUUGAGCAUUUGACGGACCUAAAUUCUAAAUUGGCCUCAAAAUCAAGACAAAAUCGAACCAUAAUGUCAUCUCCAACGACCGAGUUGAGCCACGAUCAAUUAAACCUUUUUGAUGGUGAUGAUGAUGAUAUUUUCCCGACAUAAUUAUCAUCUAAAAUGCUGUGUUUUUAAAAAGCAAGAAGUGAUAUUUUAAACAAGUUAAAUGAACAUUUUAAAAGUAAAGAAAUAAUCAUAACAUUAAUUGAGCUAGAAACAUCUUUGUAAUACUAAUAGUUAGUAAUUGUAAUAAUUUCAUAAUUAAUAUUUGAGAUAUGGA